AUGGUUGCUCCUUUAGUUAAAGUACCUAUCCUAGGUAAAGAAACCAUCCAUGUCGGGUAUAAGAUCCAUUCGCAUAUAGUGGAAACGAUCUACAAACAUUGUUCCUCAUCCACAUAUGUGAUCAUAAAUGAUACAAAUCUAUCAAAAGUUUCAUAUUAUAAAUCUCUUUUAAAUGAAUUCCAAUCAUCGUUACCACAGGAAUCACGUAUUCUUACAUACGAAGUUAGCCCCGGCGAAGCUAAUAAAUCAAGAGAAACAAAGGCGUCCAUUGAAGAUUAUCUUUUAAAGCAAGGAUGUACCCGUGACACAGUGAUCAUCGCCAUUGGAGGUGGUGUCAUCGGUGAUAUGAUAGGGUUCGUUGCUGCCACUUUCAUGAGAGGUGUCAGAUUCAUUCAAAUCCCUACCUCGUUAUUGGCAAUGGUAGAUUCAUCCAUUGGUGGGAAAACAGCUGUAGAUACUCCAUUAGGGAAAAAUUUCAUCGGUGCAUUUUGGCAGCCAGAGUUUGUCCUUGUAGAUAUCAUGUGGUUAAGUUCUUUACCUAGAAGAGAAUUCAUUAAUGGGAUGGCUGAAGUUAUUAAAACUGCAGCCAUUUGGAAUGCUGAAGAAUUUACCAGACUGGAAGAUAACGCUAUUAAGUUCUUAGAAGUGGUUAAUAACGGGGACAGUGAUGAAAGUACUGCCAUUGAAACUAUCUUAAAUCAUGUUUAUAAAUUGGUUUUGGAAAGUAUUAAAGUCAAAGCUGAAGUGGUAUCUUCUGAUGAAAGAGAAUCAGGUUUAAGAAACUUACUGAAUUUUGGACAUUCAAUUGGCCAUGCCUAUGAAGCUAUCUUAACCCCACAAGCUUUACAUGGUGAAUGUGUCUCGAUUGGUAUGAUCAAAGAGGCUGAAUUGUCUCGUUAUUUAGGUAUCUUGUCACCAACACAAGUAGCUCGUCUUUCCAAGAUAUUAUCGGCCUACGGUCUUCCAAUUGCUCCAGAAGAAAAGUGGUUUAAAGAUCUAACAUUAAAUAAGGAAACUCCACUGAAUGUUUUGCUAGAUAAAAUGAGUAUUGACAAGAAAAAUGCAGGCUCCAAAAAGAAAGUUGUCUUACUGGAAGCCAUUGGGAAAUGUUACGGUACUUCAGCACAUUUCGUUACAGAUGAAGAUUUAAGAUUUAUCUUGACUGAUGAAACCUUAGUUUACCCGUUCACUGUUAAUGAGACCAAUACAAAUGAAAAAUUCAUCACGCCACCUGGUUCAAAAUCUAUUUCAAAUCGUGCUCUAAUAUUAGCUGCACUAGGUAAAGGGCAAUGUAAAAUUAGGAACUUGCUACAUUCUGAUGACACAAAAUAUAUGUUAUCUGCUAUUCAAGAUUUAAAUGCUGCCACGAUCACUUCGGAGGAUAAUGGUGAAACAAUUGUCAUAGAAGGACAUGGUGGUGAAGCCUUGUCUGCUUGUCCAAACGAAUUAUAUCUAGGUAAUGCAGGUACUGCCUCCAGAUUCUUAACUUCGGUGGCUGCUUUAGUAAAUUCUACCCCUACUAAGGAUCACGUUAUUUUGACUGGUAAUGCUAGAAUGCAACAAAGGCCAAUUGGCCCCUUAGUAGAUUCUUUACGUAUCAAUGGUAUUAAAAUCGAUUAUGUAAAAUCUGAAGGUUGCUUACCAAUCAAAGUCGACACUUCAUCUGUCUUCCAAGGUGGCAGAAUUGAAUUGGCAGCAACUGUUUCAUCGCAAUAUGUAUCAUCCAUCUUAAUGUGUGCUCCUUAUGCUCAAGAACCAGUUACAUUAUCACUUGUUGGAGGUAAACCAAUAUCUAUAUUAUAUGUUGAUAUGACCAUUAAAAUGAUGGAAAAGUUUGGAGUUAAUGUUAUAAAAUCAAAAACGGAACCAUAUACUUACCAUAUUUCAAAGGGGACUUACGUUAAUCCAAAGGAAUACGUGAUAGAAAGUGAUGCUUCUAGUGCAACUUAUCCAUUAGCAUUUGCUGCAAUGACUGGUACUACAGUUACUGUUUCAAAUAUCGGUUACGAAUCAUUACAAGGUGAUGCAAAAUUCGCACCAUUAGUCUUAGGACCAAUGGGUUGUACAGUUAAACAAACUGCUACAUCUACAACUGUUACUGGUCCAAAAGUUGGAUCUUUAAAACCAUUAAAACACGUCGAUAUGGAACCUAUGACUGAUGCAUUCCUAACUGCAUGUGUCGUUGCUGCUAUUGCUCACGAUGAUGGUGACUCUAAAUCUGAAAACAUAACAACAAUUGAAGGUAUUGCUAACCAACGUGUUAAAGAAUGUAAUAGAAUUUUAGCUAUGGCUACUGAAUUAGAGAAAUUCGGCGUAAGAACAAAGGAAUUACCCGAUGGUAUUCAAGUUUAUGGUCUAAACUCAUUAAAAGAUUUACAAUGUCCUGCAGCCCAAGGUAUUCAUUCUUACGAUGAUCAUCGUGUUGCCAUGAGUUUUUCAUUGUUAGCUGGAAUGGUAUCCACUGCUCCAAAUGGUGUAAGAAUUCAAGAAAGACAUUGUACAGCAAAAACAUGGCCAGGUUGGUGGGACGUUCUUCAUACCAAGUUAGGAGCUAAAUUAGACGGAUGCGAACCCACAAAAGGCUCCACAAUAACAAAUAAUAGUAAUAAUGUCAGAAAAAGUGUUGUUAUUAUCGGUAUGAGAGCUGCUGGGAAAACUACUAUAAGUAAAUGGUGUGCUACAACGCUUGGUUAUAAAUGGGUUGAUCUUGAUGAUUUAUUUGAAGAACAAUAUGCAGAUGGCUCUAUUAAAGAUUUUGUCGCCAAAUUUGGUUGGGAGAAAUUCCGUUCCGAAGAAACAAGAAUCUUUAAAGAAGUUAUUGAACAAUAUGGGGAUAAAGGUUAUGUUUUCUCUACAGGUGGUGGUAUUGUUGAAAAUGCUGAAUCUAGAGUUCAUUUGAAGAAAUUUGUGUCACAAGGUGGUAUAGUCAUGCAUUUACAUAGAGAUAUUGAAGAAACUAUCGUUUUCUUGAAAUCUGAUCCUACUAGACCUGCAUUUGUUGAAGAAAUUAGAGAGGUUUGGGAAAGAAGAGAAAAAUGGUAUAAAGAUUGUUCUAAUUACACAUUCUUCGCUCCACAUUGUUCUACAGAAGUCGAAUUCCAAAAUCUGAGAAGAGCAUUUGGCAAGUUUAUUUUAUUUAUUUCAGGGUUAAAACAAACUGUAAUUCCAACUAAAAGAUCUGCAUUUGUUUGUCUAACAUUUGAAGAUUUAGCAGAGCAUGACACGAAACUAACUCCUAUUACUUAUGGUUGUGAUGCUGUUGAAGUCAGAGUGGAUCAUUUAGCUAAUUAUGAUCCUGAUUAUGUCAAUAGACAGUUAUCAAUUUUACGUACAUCUACAGAUAGUCUUCCUAUCAUAUUUACAAUUCGUACCAAGAAACAAGGUGGUAAUUUCCCAGAUGAAGAAUACGAAGCCAUCGAAGAGUUAUACAAGACAGCAUUAAAAUCUGGGGUAGAAUAUAUUGAUUUAGAAUUAACAUUACCUACAUCUAUCCAAUAUAAUGUCUUAAAUAAUAAGAGAUUUACUAAGAUAAUUGGAUCUCACCAUGAUUUUGCUGCUGCAUACCCAUGGGGUGAUGCUGAAUGGGAAAAUAGAUACAUCCAAGCAUUAGCCUUAGACGUUGACAUCAUUAAAUUUGUAGGUACAGCUACUAAAUUUGAAGAUAAUCUAGUACUUGAAAAAUUCAGAGACGCACAUAAAGAAAAACCGUUGAUCGCUAUAAAUAUGACUGAAUGUGGUAAGAUUUCUCGUGUAUUAAAUACAGUAUUGACCCCAAUCACUUCUCAUUUGUUACCAAGUGCAUCAGCUCCAGGUCAAUUGACAUUAAAGCAAAUCAAUGAAAUUUAUACAUCAAUGGGUGGGUUAUCUUCCAAGGAAUUUUUCGUAGUCGGUACACCAAUUGGUCAUUCAAGAUCCCCAAUUUUGCAUAAUACAGGCUAUGAACUGUUAGGCUUACCAUACAACUUUGAUAAAUAUGAAACGGACUCUGCUGAAGUUAUCUCUAAAGAAUUAUUAGAAGGUAAACCUAACCUAGGUGGGUUAGCAGUCACCAUUCCAUUAAAACUAGACAUAAUUAAAUAUAUGAGUGAAUUAACUGAUGCUGCCAAAGCUAUUGGUGCUGUCAAUACUGUUAUUCCCUUAGGUAAUAAAACUUUCAGAGGUGAUAAUACUGAUUGGCUAGGUAUUAAAAAUUCCUUAGUGAGUAACGGAGUUCCAGAAUCUGUUAAAGGUACAGCUGGAUUAAUCAUUGGUGCCGGUGGUACCUCAAGGGCAGCCGUUUUCGCCUUACACAAAAUGGGGUGUUCCAAGAUUUUCAUGAUUAAUAGAACGACUCCUAAAUUAGAGGAGUUGAAAGAAAGCUUCCCAACGGAAUUCAAUAUUGUUGUCGUCAAUUCUAUUGAACAAGCUGAACAAGCUAAAGAACCCGUAGGAAUUGCUGUCAGUUGCGUUCCAGCAGACAAACCGUUGGAUCCUACAUUAUUAAGUAAAUUAGAAAGAUUUUUGACUAAGGGUUUGAAUGCUGGUUUCCCACCAACUCUUUUAGAUGCUGCUUACAAACCUGCAGUGACGCCAAUUAUGAGAUUGGCAAAGGAUAAAUAUGAAUGGCAAGUGGUUCCAGGAGCUCAAAUGUUAGUUCAUCAAGGUGUUGCUCAAUUUGAGAAAUGGACUGGAUUUAAAGCUCCAUAUAAGGCCAUUUUCCAAGCAGUUACUACUGACUAA